AUGUUUAAUGCAUGGUUUGUAGCCAAUCAGAAUUUCAAAGAAGCGAGUUUACUGACGUACAUCGAGAUGCCUACCAAAUUUGUGUGGAAGAAGGACAUCCGUGAAUGGCAUCCAAGAAAGAAGGGUUCCUCAAUUGGUAGAAUAUUCUAUGUGCCUCCAGCUUCAGGGGAAAUAUAUUAUUUGAGGUGUCUAUUGAACAUAGUCCGUGGUCCAACAAGUUACAAAGAUAUUAGGACAGUUAACAGUGUUGAGUACUUAACCUUUAGAGAUGCGUGUUAUGCUCAUGGAUUGCUAGACGAUGAUAAAGAGUACAUUGAUGCUAUAAAUGAAGCAAGCUACUGGUCAAGUGCGCAUUCAUUGAGGAAGCUAUUUGUCGUUUUACUAACAUCAUCAUCAAUUAUUAGACCCGAAAAUGUUUGGAAUCAAGUGUGGGAACAUUUGUCUGAAGAUGCUCAACACUAUCAAAAGAGAGUAUUAAAACAACAAGAUUUGGUCUUAACAGCGGAAGAGAAAAAGAACUUUGCAUUAAUUGAACUGGAAAACCUGUUGGGUCAACAAAACAAGUCUUUAAAAGACUACCCCCCGAUGCCAACACCAAGUACUGAUAAUUCACGGUUGUUUCAAAAUCGAUUGGUUUUUGAAGAGUUGUCUUACGAUUCGGAACAGUUGAAGACAGAUUCUGAGGUCCUUUGUGCCAAACUAACUGAAGAACAGGGUCUCAUAUAUGAUACUGUUAUCGAAGAUAUUGAGAACAAGAAGGGUGGCUUAUUUUUUGUUUAUGGUUACGGUGGAACAGGAAAGACUUUCCUGUGGAGAGCUUUAUCAGCUGCAGUCAGAUGCAAAGGACAAAUCGUUUUAAAUGUCGCUUCAAGUGGCAUAGCUUCUUUGUUGUUACCAGGUGGACGGAUUGCACACUCAAGAUUUGCAAUACCUAUUGCAAUAAAUGAGGACUCUACCUGUAACAUUAAGCAAGGUAGCGACUUGGCUGAGUUGUUGAUCAAGACGAGCUUGAUAAUUUGGGAUGAAGCUCCCAUGAUGCACAAACAUUGCUUUGAAGCUUUAGAUAGAACCAUGCGGGAUUUGUUGCGUUUUGUAGACCCUAAUAGUGAAAUGAAGACGUUUGGUGGUAAAACAGUUGUCCUGGGUGGAGAUUUCCACCAAAUUCUUCCAGUAGUUCCCAAAGGUACACGGCAAGACAUUGUUUUUUCAGCAAUCAAUUCAUCAUACCUAUGGGAUAGUUGCAAAGUGUUAAGGUUGACUAAAAACCUCAGGCUCAGCUCGGUACCAAAUGGUGGAAACCGACAGGCGUUACAAGAGUUUGCUGACUGGAUUGCCAAUAUCGGCGAUGGGAAGCUUGGUGGCCGGAAUAACGGGUUUGCAGAUGUUGAAAUACCAAUGCACAUGUUAGUGUCAUCCGGGGGGGACGACAUUAAAGCAAUUGUGCACAGUACAUUUCCUAUGUUUGCAAGUGGAAACACUGACCCCGAGCACCUGUUGGGUCGUGCCAUAUUAGCACCAACGCUCGACGUUGUCAACGCUGUUAAUGACUAUAUGACUGAGUUGCACAAUGCCGAAAGUAGGUCAUACUAUAGUUCAGACGCAGUAUGCAAAGCAGAUGGCGAUAACGGUAUAUUUGGAGAUGUACACACACCGGAGUUUCUAAAUAGCAUUCGGGUUUCAGGUCUACCAAAUCAUACACUGACUUUGAAAAUGGGAUCACCAGUAAUGUUAAUGAGAAAUAUUGACCAUUCUCUUGGUUUUUGCAAUGGAACUCGGUUGAUAAUCACAAAGCUAGCAGAUCAUGUGAUUGAAGGCGAGAUUCUGACUGGUCCCAACAAAGGUACAAAAGUGUUAAUCCCCCGAAUGUCAAUGGCACCCUCGGAUCCAAGAUUGCCGUUCAAGUUUUAA